AUGUCUUCAUCGUGUUUGAAUGGCACAAGCACUGAAAUCAGGGCCGACAUAAUUAUCGUCGGGGCUGGAUUCAGUGGAUGUUACGCACUCCAUAAACUACGACUGAUGGGAUACACGGUGAAAAUUCUCGAGGCUUCUACAGGCUUCGGCGGGGUCUGGAGAAUCAAUCACUACCCAGGAGCGAGGGUUGACACAGAAACACCAGUGUAUCAAUUGCGCCUGCCAGAAGUCUGGCAAGACUUCAACUUCUCGGAGCGCUAUCCUGACCAUGUUGAGCUGCGAAAAUACUUUGACCACCUGGACAAGGUGCUUGACCUUCGGAAAGAUACCUAUUUCAACACUAGAGUCGAGGAAGUUAAAUACGACCUGGGAAAAAAAACGUGGAGCUUUAGGGCCAACGGAUUAAAUGCUACAUCCACUUACGCAGUCUUUGCAGUGGGAGCAUCUUGUGACCCAUACAUUCCGGACUGGCCGGGAAGGUCCAAUUUCAAAGGCCAGUUGAUCCAUCCGGCCUCUUGGCCCGAAGACUUUGACCCGCAAGGCAAGAAGAUUGGUGUUAUUGGGCAAGGAGCAUCUGGACUGCAGAUUGUACAGGAACUGGCUAAGGAGGGCUGCGAACUUUCAGUCUUCAUCCGUACCCCUUCGACGUGUUUUCCUAUGAAUCAGAAGGCUAUAUCUAUUGAUGAAUCGGAUCAUAUGAAAAGUUAUUACGACGCGAUUCUUGGCUUCGCAAAACACAAUACGGAAGCUGGAUAUCCUUUCAACUUGAACCAAAGCGAUUGGACAAAUGCGACUGAGGAAGAGCGACAACGCGUUUAUGAAUGGCUUUGGCAUCGAGGCGGGUUUGUCUUCCUAUGUUCCAAUUAUCCCGAAAUCAGUCUGAACAAGGCCGCAAACGCCAGUGCAUACAAAUUUUGGGCCCAAAAGGUAAGGGAAAGAAUCAGGGAUCCUGUCAAAAGAGAGAUUCUGGCCCCUAAAAAACAGCAAUACUGGCUCGGCACGAAGAGACCCAGUCUAGAGCAAGACUACUACGAAUCCGUAGACAGAUCCAAUGUCACCUUGAUUGACCUUAAGGAGACACCUAUUCGAGAGUUCACCGCCGAGGGCAUUGUUACAGGAAACGAACAUACUAGUAAGCUUACGGAAUUGGAUAUUGUAGUUGUAGCAACGGGCUACGACAACCUUACGGGUAGCCUUUUCAAAAUGAACAUCCAUAGCAAAGACGGCGUCAAACUUCAAGACAAAUGGAAAAAUGGAAUCAGCACGCAUCUAGGCAUGACGGUGCCCGGGUUCCCAAACGCAUUCUUCCUGUAUGCACCACAGGCACCGAGUUCGCUUGCUAAUGGACCACCCUUUAUCGAGUUGCAGGUGGACUGGGUGACACAACUUCUUGAAAAGCUUCGCAACGAGAACAUCGAGUCGAUUGAAGCGUCUGAGAAGGCUGGGGAGAUUUGGAAGGAACUUGUCUGGAGCCAUUACGGAACGACACUAUCCACUGAGACUGAUUCAUGGUGGGUCUCUAUUUAA